AUGCCUUCUGUACUGGGCAAAAGAACUCGCAGCGCCGCCGCUGCAGCAGGUACGAACCUGUCGCCAGCAGGACUGACGAGCAGGACUGAUACCUCGACCGCAGAGAACACGAGCAUUGCGACUCGCGCAAAGCGGAGAAUCACAGUUAAUGAGCCGAAUGACGAGAAUGAGAACCCGUUCAUCACCGCCCGCAAAGAUGCAGACGACAAGGACGAGCUGGACCUCGAGCCUCCGGCCAAGAAGACGCGUUCCUCGGGGAGGACAACAGCACCUGCUAAGCACGGCGCCGCGGAAUCUCGUGUGGACGUGUCGCCUGCCAAAGUAGCGUCCCACUUCAGAGUGUCCAAGAGUGCGAUUGGCGUGUAUCAAGAUGGAGGAAAGAAGGAUGGGAGUGCGGCGACGCCUCAGACGCCGAGACAUCGCGAUGCGUUGUCGAAGAAGGUGCCGAUCACUCCCAGACAUCGAGUGCUUGUUGCGGGCAGUCGUGCCACGCCGAAGACGCCAAAAACUCCUGCUACGCCGUCGAAUGCGGGGACUGCGGUUUACAAUCAGGCGAGGCAGUUGUUUUCGCGGUCUUCGAAUCCUGGAAGGCUGAUCGGACGGGAGAACGAACGAGCUGAGCUGUCGACGUUUAUCCAGAGUGCGAUCGAGUCGAAAUCGACAGGAUGUCUCUACGUGUCGGGACCGCCUGGGACGGGGAAGAGUGCGCUGUUGGAUGAGGUGAUCCAAGAACAUACACAAGACGGGAGUGUACCGAUAUCAGUGGUCAACUGCAUGAGCGUGCGGAAUCCGAAAGACCUGAGCCAGAAGCUGUCGGAAGACUUGGGGUUGAAGGAGGAUGCAAGGUUUGACUACCUGAAGUCAUGCUUCAUCCGCGGCAAGGCGAAGGACAGCCAGAAGUAUCUGGUGGUGUUGGAUGAGGUGGACCGACUCGUCGAUCUGGACCUCUCCCUCCUCUACAGCCUCUUCGAAUGGUCGAUGCAAAACACCUCCCGAUUGAUCUUGAUCGGCAUCGCCAACGCUCUCGACUUGACGGAUCGGUUCCUACCAAGACUCAAGUCCCGCAACUUGAAGCCUGAGCUUUUGCCAUUCAUGCCAUACAGCGCUGGGCAGAUCGCAGAGGUCGUCACCUCGAAGCUCAAGAGCCUUGCACCGGCAGACUCACAGAUCGUGCCCUUUCUGCACCCAGCAGCAAUCCAAUUCUGCGCCAAGAAAGUCGCUGCACAGACGGGCGACCUACGCAAGGCCUUCGACAUCUGCAAGCGAGCAGUCGAUCUGGUCGAGCGAGAGACACGGGAGAAAGAUGCGAAAGCAUCUCUGGAGAACAGUCCCUCGAAGACCCCUCUUAUGGAGAACAUUAACCUCUCCUCCCCUCCCACCGCAUGCCUCGACCACCGCCGACCAAUCUACACCCUCUCCACAGCCCCCAAAGCCACCAUCGCCCACAUGGCCAAAGUCACCGCGCAAGUGCUCAGCAACGGCGCCACCCAACGUCUCUCGGGCUUGAAUCUCCAGCAAAAAGCCGUCCUCUGCGCCCUCGCCGCCUUGGAGAAACGCAAACGCGACUCGGCCGUCGAACGGGCCAUGUUCGCCACUCCAUCGAAAUCCAAUAACACCACCGCCGCAUCCAUCAAACAGCUCUUCGAAACGUACAGCGCCCUCUGCAAACGCGAGAAUCUCUUCCACCCCCUCUCAAGCGUAGAGUUUCGAGACGUGGUCUCCGGGUUGGAGACGCUGAGUCUGGUUUCUGCUGUGGAUGGGAACGGGAAGAAUGGGAGUUUCGCAAUGCCUGGUACGCCUUCGAGUGGUCGGAAGGGGAAGGGUAGGUUUGGAGGUGUGGCGGUGGGAGAUGAGAGGCGGGUGGCGAGUAGUGUGGGCAUGAAGGAGCUGGGUGCGGUGUUGGAGGGGCCUGGGGGGGAGUUGUUGAGGGAGAUUUUGGAGGGGGAGGGGUUGUGA